UUGCUUGUUUGUGAUCAAGAUGAAGUUCCUCAUUUUCAUAGCUUUCAUAUCAUCUUACUGUGCAAUCGCACAAAGUGCUGAAGACUGUACACAUUACAUUGAACGCUGGAAUUAUCAUUUAAAAUCUGGGCAAAAUUUGCAAUCUCGUGAGGUGAUUUCACGUGCAAAAGAAUUUGAAAAAGUCAUUCAUGAAAUCAAAGAAGCAAACCCACCAAACUGGAAGGAUAAAGCCAAUAGUUUCGUAGAAAGAAUUAAGGCACUUGAUCAUCAUGUAGUAUCCCAAUCACUGGGCGAAUUUAGUAGUUCGAUUAGUGAUGCAUUUGGCGGACUUGUUACAAGAAGUGAUAUCUUUCAUGGACUUCAAAAUAAUACUCCAAUAAAUAAGUUUCCAAUGACUUGCAUCAACAGUUUUGCUGAAGCUUAUAAGGUUUUUAUAAGUGGACAAAAUUCAGCUAAUGAAAAAAUUCUUAAGCGAGUUACUUCAUUUAUCAAUAAAAAUUAAUUUCUGGGAAGCAGAGGGGUGGGAUCCUGAUUAAAAUAAGUGAAAGGUUCCUUAUCAUAGUCAACAAUUCUGUUGGUAAUAUCCCUGGCUACACCUCUAGCUUCUUAGUUUCGAG